UCCUACACACCAUCCGACGGAGGAGCAGUGCUAUGCAGAAUUGUCAAGAAUUUCUUUUUUACAGAAAUUUGCUCGUUGCAAAAUCACUCGUUUUUUAAACAAAAACCACAUCAAGAAAUCUCGUCGUCGAGUACUCAUCCGUUUAUGGAGUCUUCACGUUUCCUUGUAUUGCAACAACCCAACAACUUUCUCCAGCAUUUCAUACCCAAUAAUAAGGGUCGAGAGCAUUUAAAACCGCCCAUAAUAUGGCAAACGUCAAGGCUAAGAUAAACCAAAUCAUGGCGGCGUCCAUUGUGACUUUGGGCGUGUUCGGAAUGGGGACGGUUCUCGGUUGGAGCUCUCCCGCACUUCCCAACAUGACCGCGGAGGGGGCGGGGGGUCACUUUGUCAAUGUAUCGAAAGAUGAGCAGGCUUGGAUCGGGUCUUCUGCUACGUUGGGUGCAUUCGUGGCGUGUCCCUUUGGUGGAUUUGGUAUUGACAAGUUUGGACGAAAACGGACCCUCCUCUUGGCCACGGUUCCCUUCGCGGCUGCUUGGAUUUUAAUUGGUUGUUCGAAAACCGUGUUUCUUAUGUGCCUCGGUCGGUUUACGUCAGGUUUUUGUGCAAGCAUUUUCACCCUAACGGCCCCCACCUACAUUGGAGAAUGUGCCGAACCACAUAUUCGUGGCAUGUUGAUGAACGCUUUUCAAGUCAUGCUGGUCAGCGGGAUAUUGUUCGUUUAUCUCCUCGGUACAAUUCUAUCCUGGCAAGUACUAUCCUUCAUUUGCGCCACAAUUCCAGCGUCCUUCCUCCUCCUGUCGCUUCUCAUACCGGAAACGCCUCGUUAUCUCUUGUCUCGCGGAGAUAUCGCGUCUGCCAAAAAGUCACUCCUCUGGUUUCGCGGAAGGUCAAUUUCCACCCCAGAUAUUCAAGCAGAAUUUGAAUCCGUGCAAAAUUCUGUGCACAAUUCUGUGGCAAAUAAAACCGCAAAUUUCUCCGAUCUGGUCAAACCCAACGUUUUAAAACCGCUCGCCAUCAGUUUGUCUCUCAUGUUACUGGAACAACUCAGUGCCUUCAAUGUGGUCAUAUUUUACUGCGUCGACAUCUUCACGGGGGCCGGGGUUCAGUUAGAUUCUUACUGGUCGAGCAACAUCGUGGCUGGAAUUCAGGUGGUGGUGACGAUAUUUGCCACCCCGCUGGUCGACAUGGCUGGGAGGAGGAUUCUUCUCCUCAUUUCGGAGGCAUUCAUGGGCCUGGCGUUUGUCGCGUUGGGAGCGUUUUUCUAUUUAAAAGAGCACAACUAUGGAGGGAUUGAUGCGUUAGGAUGGCUUCCACUGGUCAGUGUGACCGUCUUUAUUGUGGCGUUUGCUUUGGGAAUUGGACCUCUAAGUUGGACAAUUAUGGGAGAAAUUUUACACCCGGAUGUGAGAGGUUUGUGUUCCGCGAUAGCGGUGUCGGUCGUGUGGUUUUCUGCCUUCAUUGUGACCCGUCUGUACCAAGUUCUCGUGGACGGGGUUGGGGUGGCGUGGGCAUUCUGGAUAUUUUCACUCGUCUCGAUUUCAGGCGUUUUUAUUGUGUAUUUCUUCGUUCCGGAGACGAAAGGGAUGAGUUUGGAUGAAAUUCAAGCGUUGUAUGGGGAUAAGAAGGGACGCAAAAAUACGAAGGAGGGAGAAAGUGAUAAUGUUGAGUAAUGUUAUCAUGAGUCAAAAAAUAGUUAAUUUGUAGUAGCAAAAAUAAAAUUAAACUCGGAGAAAGUGGGAGAAAGUAAAAUGAUUUGAUUACACAGUUC